UUGUGGGUCCUUGUGAGGUUCUGCGCGAGUUGGGGCUCUUGAAUGCUGGGUAGGGCCGAGGGUGGAGGAAUCGGGAAGGCGCGUGAGGAGGAGUUGUGCGCGCCGCUCGAAGGCGAGCCGAGGUUUGGCAGUGGAGACGCCUGCGGUGACCCCGCCGCUGGGGCGGGUCUUGGGAUCGCGGUAUCCUCGUCCGCAUUCCGAUUGCCCGCCUCUCCCCGCGGCCUCCGACCACAGAGUCCGAUGGCGGCGGCGGCGCUGAGGGACUCGCCUCAGGGCGGUGCCAUCUCCGUGGAUGUGUUUGUGUACUUCUCCUGGGAAGAAUGGAAGCUCCUUGAUGAGGCUCAGCGACUCCUGUACCAGGAUGUGAUGCUGGAGAACUUGGCACUUUUAGCCUCCCUGGGAAUUGCACCCUCCAGAUCAUGCUUAGUCCCACAGCUGGAGCAAGAGGAAGAGCCCUGGAUGCCUGCCCAGGUGGAUAUGACUCCAGCCCCAGAGAAGGAGGCUCAGAAGGGACCCGGACCUGGUCAUUGGUGUGGAGCAGAGGCUGAGGCUGUUUCCUCUGAGCAGAGUGUUUCUUUGGAAGGAGUGUCACAGUUCAGGACUCCUAUGGUGGGUCUGAAGACCAACCCAUAUGACCUGUCUGGCCCAUUAUUGGAAGACAUCUUACACCUGACUGACUACCAGCUGGGGAAAGCCAGGCAGGAACCACACACAUGUGAGGCAUGUGGGAAGCAGUCCUGGUUCAGCACAGACCUUCACCAGCACCACCAGCAGCACAGUGGAGAGAAAUUCUUCAGGAGGGAUGAGGACAGGAACUCUGUGCAAAGGUGCAGAAUCUGUGUGCCGGAGAAGACCUACGUACACGGUGAGGGCAGAAUGGACUUGCCAGCCACCUCUGGCCUUCAGCACCGGGUCCCUCAUGACAGACUGAAGUCCUGCAAGAGCACUGAGCUUGGGGGAGCCCUUAGCACUGGACAGAAGCUUCAUAAAUGCAGUGAAUGUGGUAAAGUGUUCACUCGGAAAGACACACUUGCUCGGCACCAGAGAAUCCACACUGGAGAAAGGCCUUAUGAGUGCAGCAAAUGUGGGAAAUUCUUUAGCCAAAGCUGUGACCUUUUCAAACACCAGACAGUCCAUACUGGUGAAAGGCCUUACAAGUGCAGUGAAUGUGGGAAAUUCUUUAGACAGGUCUCUGGCCUGAUUGAACACAGGCGAGUGCACACUGGCGAAAGGCUCUAUCAGUGCAGUAAUUGUGGAAAAUUCUUUAGCAGCAAGUCUAACCUCAUUCGACACCAAGAAGUUCAUACGGGAGCAAGGCCUUACGUAUGCAACGAAUGUGGGAAAGAGUUCAACCGCAAACAUACACUGAUUCUGCACCAGAGGACUCACAGUGGAGAAAAGCCUUACGAGUGCAGUGAAUGUGGGAAGUCCUUCAGCCAAAGCUCCCACCUUAACGUACACUGGCGAAUUCACAGCAGUGAUUAUGAGUGCAGCAGAUGCAGGAAAGCCUUUAGCUGCAUCUCUAAACUCAUUCAGCACCAGAAAGUUCACUCUGGAGAAAAGCCUUAUGAGUGCAGCAAAUGUGGGAAAGCCUUCACCCAAAGGCCAAACCUUAUUCGGCACUGGAAGGUUCACACUGGAGAAAGGCCUUAUGUGUGCAGGGAAUGUGGGAAAGAGUUCAACCGCAAACACACACUUGUUCUCCACCAGAGGAUUCACACUGGAGAAAAGCCAUGAGGGUACCGUGAAUGCGGGAAAACUUAGCCAAUGCUCCCAACUUACUGUACACUUGAGAAUUCCUAGCAGUGCUUGUGCAUAUAGCAGACAUAGGAAAGCCUUUACCCGGAGACCAAACCUUAUUCGGCAUAGGAAGUCCAUGCUGGACAGAGGCUUUAGAGUACAGGGAAUGUGCCAUCUCCCUGCUCACCCUAAUGGCUCUCCCCAGAGGGAAGCUCUGAGCAUAGGCUUUGUGAGAGCCGUCAGUCAGGAGUGAAGCCUCAUAUAUGUGAACAUCCACCACAGGAAGGUUCCCGAUGAGGGCCGCACAUGUGAGGCGCUUCUGGGAGCUAUGGCUCACAUUCUAAACUGUCAAGCACCUUUGCCGGAGGUGGAAGCCGUCCUGCAGUUCCCAUCUGGCAAAGUUCCACAGCAUGUGUCAGUUCCAAGUCAGGCAGCCAGACCUCUGCUGUCUCCCCAGUCCUCAGUGGCAUACAGGGGGCCUCAUCUUCACCAUCACUGGUUUAGGUAUGGAAAGGAUCAGCACGUGGGCUCUCCAGGGAGCCUGCAGAGAUUAACCCUCAUGAAUUUCUUGGUCUCAGUGUGACCGUACACAGUCUCCAAGUUCCCCAGCCCUGGAACUGUGUGCCCCACACUCGCUCAUUUUUGUAUGAUAAUAAAGUCCUUACUCUGAGGUGCUUUUAAUCUUGAGGGUUCUGUUCCUUGUGUGGAGUGUGUUGAGGACACGAUUGUGUUUUAUCAGCAUGAAGGAUAAACACAUUUUGUGGGAAUCCUCGGUUUUCUGUGCCUCAGAGAGGACAGCAGGAUGGCAAAGAAUAUCUGUCCACUUUUGGCCCAAUUUGCAUCUGCCCAAGGCCCUCUAGGAAUGACUUCAGGGCUCUAUGAGAGAAAUCAUUGUGGCCUGGAGGCUAGUUUUAUUUGUGUGUCCAUUAGUAGGUAUGCAAAGGGGCAGUUGAGGACUUCCCUGAUGGUCCAGUGGUUAAGACUUUGCCUUCCAAUUCAGGGGUUGUGGGUUCAACCCCUGGUCAGGGAAGCUAAGAUCCCACAUGCCAUGUGGCCAAGAAACCGAGACGUAAAACAGAAGCAAUAUUGUAACAAAUUCAGUAAAAACUUAAAAAUUGGUCAUCAAAAAACAAAAAAAAGAGGGGCAGUUGGUCCCUUGUUCCUGUAGAAGAUUUCAAAUACCCAAGCAUUAUUAAGAGGCAGCUAGACUCGUACCUGCCAAGGAGACUGAGUUCAGAAUUUGGUAGGCAGGCUGGAAGGCCUACAGGAGCCAGGUGGAAACCAUAUUGGUUCAGAAACACUGGGCGUGAAUAAUAAGUAGCUGGAGAGAUUACAACACCCUAUAGAGAUGUAGCUGCUACAGGUACCUGCUCAGGUAUUUCCACACUAUGGCUGUGCAGGAUGAGAGGGUACAGAAAUUGUCAGGACCUCCACAGCUAUGUCUGUCCUAUGGCCAAGAUCACCCACAGGACAAUCUAAACAUUUUGUGGAUUUUCUUAGACUUGAUGAAUCAGGACAAGGCUAUUGCUGCACAGGCAGGAAAGUGGGGGUUGAGAGAAGAGAUCUAGGAUUACAGAGAUGUGGGUUUUGUGACUUAAGACAGUGUUCUUGGUGACUGAUGUUGAAAGAGCUUUAGUUGGUUGCCAAUUUUGCUGCCCUGACUCCCAGGGCAUGGGGAAAGAGAUGGUGGAGUAAAUAUAGGAUUUAAUUUGUCCUUUCUAUUUUCUUAAGGUGGACUGUGUCAUUUAUUUGAGAACUCCCUUCUAAUGUAGUCAUUUAUACUGUAAGUUUCUCUAUAAGUAGUACUACAUUAGCGGCAUCCCACAAAUUUUAAUAUAUUGUGCAUUUGUUUCAUGUAAGAUAGAAUUUGUUUCAAACUGGACUGGAAAAGUUUUAGCUUUAUCUGUAGAGACUUCUGAAUAUCUGGCAUUGACACUUUGCUAAGAUAAGGACAGCAGGAUUUAUUAUGCAUUGUUUAAUAUCCAAAAAUCCUGUGAAAGGGACUUCCCUGGUGGUCCAGUGGUUAAGACUCCACCUUUUCAAUGCAGGGGGCACAUGUCUGAUCCCUGGUGGAAGAACUAAGAUCCUGCAUUCCACGCAGCGUGGCCAAAAAUCCUGUGACCACUCUAGGGUCAGGUUGAUUGCUGAUGGUAACGGUUAGGCAGUCUGGCUCCACUGUUUCCAGAAGGGCAUGAAAAUCCCUGCUGGUAUCUUCUGAUUUGAGCUCUCUCAAAGCCAGGGUUCACCACUUGGAUGUCUGUGGCUUAAUCUGGAAAUGAAUCACAGCACUGUGUGAAUAAGAGUCUGGGAAACUGCCUGGAGAUCUGUGACUCCCAAAGUAGUCCUGCCUUUUCUUUGUCUUUCUAUGUCACAUGAUUUUUUUUUCUUUUUUCUUUUUCUUUUUGGCUGCGCUGUGCAGCAUGUAGGAUGUUAGUUCCCCAACCAGGAAUUGAACAUGUGCCCCCUGCAGUGGAAGUGCAGAGUCCUAACCACUGGACCACCAGGGAAGUCCCUCACACGCUUUGCUUUUAAGAAAACCUCAUAGGAAUAAGCUCUGUGGAGUCUUGCAAGUGUCUUCAAUUAUAAUACUUCUGAUAUGUUUGCAUUUGGUGAUAAGAAUAGGAUAUUUAUAUGACCCCUUGUUUUAAUUCAAGUAAUGACUAAGGGGUUAUCGUGCAGAAAGAAAGAGGACAGAUGGUGGUGAGGAAGGACUUUUGUUAACAGGCUAGUUUCCAGGGCAUCCCUGGGUUGAGUUUGCACAAAUGCUGCACUCAAGGAUAGGAGGAAGAACGUAAGUGAGACCUGGAGGCUGUAGGUCCUGCUAAAUGGAUUGAAAUACACAGGGAAUGUCAGCCAAGAAUAUGGUUCCUUAGCCGCUUCCCCCACCGUUCGAGCAAAAUUAAAGGCACAAGGAAGCAGCUAGAGGCUAUUAGAGCUGUAGAUCACAGCCCAGGACUCAGUAUGAUACUGUACCAGCUGCUGACUGAUGCCAUGAUAAAACAGGAGACAGGAAUUCCCUGGCGGUCCAAUGGUUGAGACUCCACGCUUUCACUGCUGAGGACAAGACGGGCGGCACAUUCAGCUCUCUUGAGUGGGCUUAAUGCUGGGGAGAAAGGUAAGGAUUAUUCAGAAGAAAGGUAACAAUAUAAAUGAGAUGAAAAAAACCUCAGAACUGAAUCAGAUAAAAAUGUUAAGGUGGUUCGUUAAAAGUGACAUUAAAAACAGAUGGGGUAGCUACUAAAAUUUUGGUGGAUCACUGUAAAAAACAGGUAAUCUGUUCAAAUAACUGGGACAUAUUCUCUCAGUUCAUCCUAGUCUUAACUAAUUUUUUAAGUAUUAAGAUUAUAAAAAGAGGAAACUAAUCUUUUCAGAACCAGUUCUGAUUAUAACCAGGCAGGGAAACGCAGAGGAUUACAACUGAGCCAAUAGGCAGACCAGGGUCUCAGGACCACCAGCUGGGAUCCCAAGUUCACUUUCAUUGAUGUCGGUAAUACAGUGACCUGAGGGCAGUGAAAAAUUUACAAUUGCUUGCCCUGAUGAUCAGUAUAUUGUUAUAACUUAAAUAGCUAAUGAAAAACUUAGAGGACAGUAUAAUUACAGAAAUAUGGUAAUACUGUGAAAGGCUUGCAGCUGAAAGCAUGAUUUAUGAAGGAAUUUAUGGGCAGAAAUUUUGUAUGGUUGUUGCCUCACCCUGACUAUGCAUGACUGGAAUUAAAAUUGCCAAUAGGAGUAAUGAUAUCAUUACUAAAGAUUUAAGCUAAGAUCUUCCUGAACCAAAUCAUUUUCCUAGUAUUUUCCCUAAACUGGGAUAAGAGUGGAAAUUUGAUUCUUCAUGUAUUAUAAGGUGGGUUAUAUUAGAGGACUCAUGAGGGAAUUCCCAGGCGGUCCAGUAGUUAAGACUUUGCCUUCCAGUGCAGGGGGUGUGGGUUUGAUCCCCGGUCAGGGAGCUAAAAUCCCACGUGCCUCGCACCAAAAAAACAAAACAUGAAGCAAUAUUGUAAACAAAUUCAAUCAAGACUUUUUAAAAAAUGGUCCACACCAAAAAAAUUUUUUUAAAAAGAAGACUCAGGCUUCCUAGGUGGCGCAGUGGUUAAGGAUCCACCUGCCAAUGCAGGGGACAUGGGUUGGAUCCCUGCUCCAAGAACAUCCCACAUGCCGCAGAGCAACUAAGCCCAUGCACCACAACUAUUGAGCCUGUGCUCUAGAGCCCGUCAGCCACAACUGUUGAGCCCAUGUGCCACAACUACUGAAGCCCACGUGCCUAGAGCCCAUGCUCUGCAACAAGAGAAGCCAUGGCAGUGAGGCGCCCACACACCACAAUGAAGAGUCGCCCCCACUCACCGCAACUAAAGAAACCCCGCGCGCAGCAACAAAGACCCAACACAGCCAACAAAUAAAUAUAUUAAAAAAAAAAAAAGACAUCAGACAUGAAAACACAACCUUCAACAUGUAUCAUAGCACAAGCUCCCCCUUGGGAAGCAGGCAAUACAUCAAGGGCCAUGCGAUUCUGCAGGAUCUCUUUUACCAUGGAGACUUCCAAAUUGAGCAAGCUAAUGGCGUGAUUACUAUCGUUUAAAGCUUGCUGGGUGAAUUUUUUUUAAAGCCUCUGUGUGAAUAAUGGCAUCUGUUCUAAGUGAAGGAAUAAAUAUCGUGGUCAAAUAAUCAUAACGUUGGAAAACUGAUGUACCCACAUGGAGCUCGCAUUAAAGGCAAGUUGGCAGGGGCUUUUCCUGAGGCUACCCAUAGGUGACUUUAAGCACAAGGGAAACCAAUUGUGCAUCUUUCUAACCAACCUGGGAGGAGCCAAGGCCAUAAAUGUGCUCCAUAAAUCCUCUGGAUCCCAGUAGGAGCUGCCCAAUAUAUUUAACAUCCAGUGAAAAGGAAUAUUUAGGGUCCAAGUUCAGAACAGAUGUCAGUAAAAGGCCAGGUUAGGGGGUCCUACUUAGUGGUAUUGGGAGUGACUUGCACAGAACUAGAAUUUCUUCUAAGAUAAAAACCCCUAAGGGCUAGUCCAUCUGAACUGUGGCGAGGUGAAAUCUACCAGGGUAGUCCAGAAGUGCUGGACAUAGGUCAUUGGUUACAAACUCAGCAAAUGAAUUGAUUUGAGGUGUUUUUUUUUGUUUUUUGGGGGUUUUUUUGGCCAUACCCCAGCGACAUGCUGAAUUUUCCCAACCAGGGAUAUAGAAGCUGUGCCCCCUGAAGUGGAAGCACAGAGUCUUUUUUUUUCUUUUAAAAUAUAUAUUUAUUUACUUAUUUAUUUGGCUGUGCCAGGUCUUAGUUGCGGCAUGUGGAAUCUUUAGUUGUGGCAUGCAGGCUUUUAGUUGUGGCAUGUAUGUGGGAUUUAGUUCCCUGACCAGGGAUUGAAUCGGGGGCCCCCUGCAUUGGGAGUGCAGUCUUAACUGCUGGACUACCAGGGAAGUCCUGAAUUGAUUUUUUUUUUUGAAACUUGCAUAUUAUUGAGCCCAAGAAAAAUAAGUUUGGUUCAUAAGCAGAAGUCUGAGCAAUUAUCAAAGUAAUUAGUACACAGGCCUGG